ACGCAUGUGUCGUCGUCGUCGACACAUAAUGAAGAACAGUUACGAAUAGUUACGAAGCGUCCUAUCACCACGUAGAGUAUCAUCGACAGUCAACGAAUCAGAGAAAUUCAGUGGAAAUAGUAGGACACACAGUUCGUUCGUCAUAUAACAAAUACUGGGCCUUUCUACUGCGCAGCUCGAGAAUGCAAACGUACGAUUUUGAGGAAUAUCUGGAAGAAAGAUGCGAGCCAGCUAGCAGUGGUUAAGCAGUGUUGCCUUGUUCCGCGAAUCUUGUCUAUAGUGAUAUAUAUAUAUAUAUACGAGAGUGUGCGUACACAAGCAGCCAGUGUACGGUGCAUAUUCGGUGUACAAUAAAAAUCGUUGCUCGCUGAGUCUUCUAACCCGUGGUUUACACAAGGUGUUGUGUGCAGUGUCCCGUGAAGGUCGUGAACUUUUCUGGUCAAGAUUAUUCGAGUAGCUUGCGUAUACGUGAAAGCGGAACACGAAAAAGGAGAAGGUUAAAAAAAGGAGAAAGGUGGACGAUCCUCCGCGAAAAGCCUCGGUAAAAUGGCGGUGAUCGGUACUCCGAUUGGCGCUAAGCGAUAGAAGAGGAUCGCAACUCCUAUUCACGUUUAAGUUUUGUUUUGAUUCUCUAGUUCGAUACCUAUCUUCACGGAAACUGGUCGAUUCUCGUUCAUUUCAAAUCAUUCGGUUUACAUUUUUUCGCUCUUGUGAAUUCAAUUUUUUUUCUCUUACCAAUUUAUUACGAAAUUUAAUAACGGCGUCUUUUAUUGACCAUCGCUGAAAUAAUAUAAUUGGAGUCGAAGACGAUCAAGGUGGUUAAGAAAAACCACCGACGGAACGGUUUUCCACGGCCGUGAUGCCGCAUCGUUCCGACCUCGAAUUUAUUGAAAGGCCAUACGACAAGGACGACUCUAUCAAAUCCUUGUCGGCUUAUCUAUAGAAUUUAAAUUGUUAAAGGAACCUUUUAUCCGCCAAAAUGAAAAUUGAUCGGAAUAGGUUGAGAAAGUACACAUCAGAAGCGCCGGCAAAAUGUCAGGCGCUUAUAAACAAGUUGCGCUCGUGCUCCCAUGCAGAAUUGCUAGAGGAGUUGAAGCAAAUAGAUGCAUGGACUUUCGGUAAAUGUGAAUUGUUUCAUUGGGUUGAUGUAUUGGAUCUCAGUGAUAGUAUUUUGGAAGAAGCUGCAGCUAAAAGUCCAGAUAAUCCAUGGGAAUUAGCCUGUGAUCUCCCUCAGAAUAGAGAAGCAAAAGAACUUCUCCUCUGGGUUCUCCAUCUUACAACAUUGUUAAUCGAGCAUUCAUACUCACGACAUUUAUAUAGUAGCAUGGAACAUCUUGUAACUUUGUUAUCAAGUUGUGACAUGCAUGUUGUCCUUGGUGUAUUAAAUAUUCUUUACAUGUUCAGUAAACGUAGCAAUUUCAUUGCACGUUUAAACAGUGACAAGAGGCAAGCUUUAUUAAGUAGACUUACUCUUUUAGCAGAGAGUUGGGGUGGUAAAGAAAAUGGAUUUGGUUUAGCAGAAUGUUGUAAAGAGUAUCCAGACAAGCCACUUCCAACAAGUGCCACAACAUUGCAUUUUGAAUUUUAUGCAGAAAAUCCUUCAACAGACACCAAUGCCACAUCAACCACUGGUACAAAAAAAUCUGGACAAACGAAUUUUGUAACGUGUAUACAUAUAGAAAAUGUGGAUAAACUGGGUAAAACACCAGCACAAAUUAUGAAUGAUUUAUUAAAAGUUAAUAACGUACCUCAAGAUCGACAGAUUGCGUUAUUCACACAUAUAAGACUGGCACACAGUUUCUCUGACUAUCGAAGACGAUUGCAAUGUGUACACGCUCGGCUGCAAGCAUUAUCCAUACUUGUAUAUAAUAGCGAACUUGAAGAAAAUGCACAUAGUUUGCUGCAUCCUGGGCUUUUAGAAGAAUUAGUUGAAUUACUGGAACUUCCACACGCACAUCUUGUUGAAUUACGGGCAGCCGCACUACGAACUCUUACUAGUAUUAUUCACUUAGACCGUAAUCCACAUUUUCCAAAAAAACCUAGUUCAAGGUUAAAUAUGAUAAUUGACGUUACUGGAGCUAACUCAUAUCACGGAUUUUUCCCCGUAUUAAUUCGCACGUGUAUUUCAACAUUGAUUUCUCCACAACCUGAAGGACAACCGUUCCCUUUGUCGCUUGCAACAGCAUUGUUUAGCUUUCUUUAUCAUCUUUCGAGUUACGAAGCGGGUUGCGAAGCUCUUGUUAGUUGUGGGAUGAUGGAAAGCUUGUUAAAAAUUAUGAAUUGGCCUGGUAGCGAGUUUGAACAUCUAACGUUUGUAACAAGGGCAGUUCGCGUUAUAGAUUUAAUAACGAAUAUAGACAUGCAAGGAUUCCAAGCUCAUGGUGGUUUAGCGAGUUUUAUUAAUCGACUCGAUAUGGAAGUGAAUGUUUGUAGGAAGGAACAACCUUUUGAAAUAGAGCCAAUACAUUACCAGGAUAAUUCACAAGCCACUCGUGAAAGGUCCAUGGAUCGUGAUGAAAAUUCUGCGUCUUCACGUGCGUAUGAUGAACGCGAGGAAUCGUCAAAUCCCAUGGAAUUUUCGGAAGAUGAAAAUAUGAGUUCCAAAACUGAUGAUAAAAACGAACAAAUGCCAGAUUAUUCGGCUGGGAAGACCGGGAAAACUUGCCUACCACAGCGAGUUACACUUCUGAAGGCGUUGUUAAAUUUUAUUAAGAAAAUUAUCCAAGAUCCCACAUUCUCUGAUAGUAUUCGACACGUUAUGGAGGGUACUUUACCUUCUUCUUUAAGACAUAUAAUCAGUAAUUCAGAAUAUUAUGGUCCUUCUCUGUUCCUUAUUGCAACGGAUGCUGUAACAGUAUAUGUUUUCCAAGAACCAUCUUUAUUAUCAUCCUUGCAAGAUAAUGGAUUAACCGAUCUGGUAUUACAUGCUUUAUUAAUUAAAGAGAUUCCUGCUAGUAGAGAAGUACUAGGAUCACUGCCUAAUGUGUUUAGUGCUUUGUGUUUGAAUCAACGUGGUCUGGAAUCGUUUGUAAAGCGACGUCCUUUCGAACGCUUGUUUAAAGUAUUAUUGUCUCCACUUUAUCUGCCUGCGAUGAAUCGACGUCGAAGCACAGAUCCUUUGGGUGAUACAGCUUCGAAUUUAGGUAACGCAAUGGAUGAGUUAAUGAGACAUCAGCCAAGUUUGAAAGUUGACGCAAUUGCUGCUGUUAUAAAGCUACUAGAAGAACUGUGCGUAUUGGGUUGUGAUCCUCGUUAUAUAUGCUUACAAGCUGAAGAUAAAUUCGACAAUUCCCAAUCAAAUACGACUUCUGGGAAUCGUCAAUCUUCUGGACAGUCGGUUGGAGUUGGAGUUGGAGAUUCUGGCGGAGGGGGAGGCGGUGGAAGUGGAAGUAGUAGCGACGAAGAAGAAGAGGAUGAAGAAGAAGCUAGUACAAGUUCUCACCCACAACGCGAAGAACAGUGUUCGUCGUCCACUGCUCAACCAGUUCCACCACCUCAACCCAGGGAGAAGACUCCAAUAGCUUUGAUGGAAUACAUACAGAACGUUACAAAAUUCGUUGACGCUAUUCUGAGUAACAAUUCAACGGACGAUCACUGCAGAGAGUUCGUUGCACAAAAAGGCCUCGUGCCACUACUAUCAAUCCUGGGACUACCCAAUCUUCCUGUCGAUCAUUCAGUUGCGCAAACAGCGCAAGCUGUGGCAACAGUUUGUAAAAGUAUUUUAAACCUCGCACAUGAGCCGCUUGUUCUUAAAACUGGUUUGUCCCAGUUAAAUGAAGUUCUGAAUCUAUUGAAACCAUUGUACAAUUAUAUGGAAGCUCCAGGAGGAUCUGUUUUGUUACAUGAGCUUGUCAAUGCUCCGAAUCUGGAAACAGCCUUUACUAGUGAUACGGCAACGCCUUUACUUCAUGCUAUGAAUGCCGCUUACGGAUACAUAAUAAUGUUCGCGCAAGUAUGUCGCACUAGCCAGAGCGAAAUCAGAAACUUGGCUAUGAAUCACUGGGGCUCAGAGCUUGGUCUGACUGUUUUGAAAGGUCUGUCAGAGCUAUAUACAGCUCUGAUUUGGGAAAGCACAGCGUUAUUAGCUCUCACCACGGAAGAUUUUAUCCCAGCUGGUUGCGACUUUGGGAAAGAGGAUAUGGAUAAAUUAAUACGCCCUGAACCAACGAACGAGGGCGAAAGUAGCGGCUGGUCUGGUGGUGCCUCCUCGGAUAUGGGAAGUAAUGGAAUGACUACGGCCAUGGAAGCUUUAAGUACGGACCCACCUCCUGUACCUAUGGAAGUGGAUGAGAAACCAAGUGUCACUACAGGAAGAAUAUCUCCAAACUCUCAUCGAAUCACAUACCCUAAGCACUUGCUGGGACUUACAUCUAAAAUGGGCAGAGCAUUGGCAGAACUGUUUGCCAUACUUGUAAAGCUUUGUAUGGGCUCCCCAAUCAGACAACGUAGAGGACAACAAGUGCCUCCAAUACCAGCUCUUCCCUCACAAGCAUCUAGAAGUGUAGCAACUGCAUUAAAUUGCGUAUUAAUUCGUGGAUUAUCAUGGGACAAAUUACCACCAUCAACUGUACCAAAACUUCAAGUGACUUUUUUGAUGUGCACUCUGAGUUUCGUAUCUCCUGCACUAUUUGACGAAAAGGGUUAUCCAUUUCAUCUGAUGCUUCAAAAGUUCGUCAAACUGGGCGGACAAAACGCAUUCUUCGCUGCUUUUCAUUGGGUAUUAUCUGGAGGAGGACAGUUUCCAUUAUCUGAGGGAUUAGAGCACCCGAAUUUGCCUGAUUGUACUGGAGAAUUCUUAGAUGGGUGGUUGAUGAUCUUAGAAAAAAUGGUGAACCCUAAAACACUCCUUGAUUCGCCAUACGUUGUUUCUUCAAAAUGCACUGGAAUAUACAAGGUGUAUGAAACAUUCGAUCCUAUAAAAUACCUCACGGAUAUUCACAAGGAAGCUUUCGAGGCAGUGAUGUUAAUGUGGGGAAAAAAACCCUUGAAAAAUUAUGGAGUUCACAUGACAGAACUUAUAUUAUCUAUUUUACGACAUAUUCUACGAAGUGAGCAGAUCAUUAAGGAACACGCUGAGAAAGAAGAAAACAGCGAGGGAGCUAUUAGUGGUAGCACCAGUGGAACUAGUGGACUUGGAAGAGGUGGAGCAAUAUCUGAUCGUAGAGAAGAACCAGAAGCUGAUGUAAAUCCGGAGCAUCUCAGACAGCUGAUGGACAUGGGCUUCAGUAGAGCUCAUUGCAUAGAAGCUUUGCUUCAUACCUUGACAGUUGAACAAGCCACUGAUUACUUGCUAAGUAAUCCUGCUACCUUACGUAGAUCAGAUGUGCCAACGGGUGAUGUAAGUGGACAAGAUCUGAUAAUGGACUUGGAAUUGGUAGACGAUGAUCAGAUAAUGCACGCGAUAGCGAUGUCGCUUGGAGAAACGACAGAAACGCGAAAAGUUUUCAGCGCAGAAGAAUCUACUACGCGCGAGACUACCACUAUCACAGAGAGUAUAGACAAAUUCACACAGAACGCCUUAAGUCAGUGCUUGAAUUUACUAGAUCUCAUGCCUGACACUGUAUACAGAAUAUGCGACUUACUAGUCGCUAUCGCUAAAAGAAAUGGAGAUGAAUGGCGUGAUAAUAUGUUACGACAACUCAUGAAAGAAAUUGGUAGUCUAGUGGAUUAUUUGAUAGAAGUUGCUGAGAGCAACGAUCCGAACGCUGGAGUAAAAUUAGUGGAAUGUAAAGAAGCUAACAAAGUUACAGGACGUAUUUACCUGUAUACGAUGUUCUUCGAGGGAACAUUCCAGGAAAUGCGUGUACCUUGCGCUCAGAUCGUGGAAGAGUAUGCUAUUUUGAACAAACUUGUACGUCUGCUAGUGGUGAGCGAGGGUCCACUAACAGCGAGUAAAAGUAAGAUCGUUAAAGAAGGUAAUAAGGAUGCAUCAUCUGCGAAAACUAGGAAAUGGCUUGCACCUUUGUUGUUACUGAUCGAGCGGUUAGAAAAAGUGGCAGUACUAACAAAGAGGAAAGAAUUGAUGUACAAGGUAACAACUAGAAUGUGGAAGUGGUUUGAUCUGAGCACAGGAAAAUGGAAUUUAUAUUCACCAGUAAAUAAUCGAAUAAUUAAUGAUGCAUAUUGGGCUGGCGAAUCUAGCACUAGAGUAACAUGUAACAGGCGAAGAUACGUGAUAAACUUUUCUUGCAUGACUCAAGUUAACGAAGAGAGUGGUAACAGAAGACCUAUCACGAUGGGCUUUAAAUUGCAUACUGGAAACGAGGGCAGUGGUUCUGGUUCUGACUCGACUAUGGACACUGAUGAAAAUCGAGUGGAAGACAAACGGAAUACAGUAUUGCAAGGAUUAGAUCCUAGCAUGGCCCCAAAUAUUAUACGUGCCUGUGUAAGACUGAUGGCUAUACCAGUGGAUCGCGAUGCUUUGCAUGCAUCUAUGAAAGUUUGUCUGCGACUUACAAGAGAUUACGAGAACGCCGAGAUAUUUGUUCGAGAAGGUGGUGUGAGACUCCUUCUAGAAAUGUCUCAGGCAAGCAGUUUCAUUGGAUGCAUAACUUUGAGUACUCUCUUAAUAAGACAUGCUUUAGAGGAACCAUGUACUCUUCGGCUAGCCAUGGAGAAAGUAAUUCGUAGUCGCACUCAAGGCAAUAUUCCUCCAGCGUGUAAAGAAAUUUUGUUUAUGACGCGUCAGAUCAACAGUGCCGUCUGCCGCAAUCCAGAAGUUUACAGAGAGGUUUGUGAGAACAUUUUAAGAGUUGACAUCCGUUUAUUAGGGAAAGAAGAUGACGACACUAGAUUGAUUGUAAAAGCUCUUCCACCAAGUCAUUCAUCAGUAAUGCCAAUGGUGGAGAAAGCCUCAAUAUCCGUUGUGAAGGAUCUUCUCAAUGCUCUUAUAAAACCUAUGCCAGUUGUUUCUGACGAAAAAUCCUCUACACCAACGAGAAGUCCAGAGAAGAAGCCAACCUAUUCCAAUGUACCAAGUUCGUCUUCUCGACGAGAUGUUCUCAGAAAUAACGCAACGACACCAAAUGAUACGAUUGACGAUGAGGAUCAAGUCUCUCAAAUAAUACCAAUGAAGAUUUAUUCAGACAGCAGUAACAACAGCAAAGUGGAACCAGAAGAGACAGAAAAACCUUUGCUGACAAAAUCUGCUAUUCUAAAGAUACUUGCAGAAACUGUUCGUUCAUACAGUGCAGUUGCAAGCUUGAUCACAGACCAUGUGUAUCGAGCAGGACAAAGUGAAAUGGUACCUGAAUACACAACAGCUCUUGCUUUUCUUCUGGACAAGCUUCUACCAAUGUCACCAGAGAAUUCAACUGACAAACAGUGCAGCAGUAUGGCAAGGAUGUUGAUAGCUGCUAUUGCCUCCUGCAAUCAUUCUCCAGAUGUUCAAACUACUUUAGUGACUGAAGUGAAAGCAGCUCUAACAAGAACCCUAGCUCUUCCUGAAAGCAAUGAGAAGCAUGCACAGCUUCAAUUAUUGGUUGGUUUGAUUUCUACAAUGAUUGAUAGUUGCCCACCAACUUCUUACAAUCAGUUGAGGACCUCCUUGAAGAUGCACCAGUAUAACAAUGUCAACUAUAUUGUGAGAAUUAUGCUGAGAAAAGGAAUAAUCACUGACUUGGCAAAGAUUCCACACAGUUUGGAUCUCUCAAGUCCAAAUAUGGCUGCUACGAUCAAUGCAGCUUUGAAACCUUUGGAAACACUUUCAAGAAUCAUAAAUCAACCAAUGCCAGGAGCUGUCAAUAGCAAAUUUUCCAAACCAAAAGGUAGAACAGUUCAAGAGGAGCCUAUUGGAGAACAAACAGGGACUACAACAUCGGAAGCAACACAUGCUGUUGGAGAGGAAACAAACGAGGACGCAGAGAAUACGGAGCAUGAUAUAUCCGUUACUGCAGAGAGUCUGGAGCCCACUUCAGAAAGCCAAGUGCACGAGGACGAAGCUGCUUUAGAAGAUAUUAUGGAUCAGCUUCUUGAAAGUGUACUAUUUUCCAGGGAUGGCCCGGGCGUGACGGAAGAUCAGUCUUCCCGACCGCACAGGCCAAUGGACAUUGACGAGGAGAGUCUUGCGAUACGAGACGGAGAAGCUGACUUCGAUCCAACACGAGAUGCUACGGAGGAUUUGAUGAGCUCCGAUUCAGACUCAGAUAGCAACCCAUCUGACGAUAACGAGGAUGAAGUACAGGAUGAUGAGGAUGAAGAGGAAGAGGAAGAGGAUGAUGGAGAAGAAAAUGAAGAAGAAGAAGAGGAGGAAGAAGAAGGGUCCUCAAAUUACGAAGAAGAUGGAAUUGAAUUUUACGAGGACGUGGGGGAAAGUGGUGUAUUCAGAAUGAUUCCGUCGGCGGAUCGUGACGGUAGUAGUGUUGUAAUGAUUCGACAUAAUAUCGAUAAUCAGGACAACGUGAACUCUUCGACUACGGUCACACCACGAUCUAGUCUUCCAUGGAGUACAACGUUUCCUCUUCCUUUGGGUUUAUUUGAAAAUCCUCCUUCAAUUUCUGAAAGUAGUGGUAAUAUGGAAUUUUUUCUUAUUUGUGCAGGUAUUAAUUCCCAUUCGUUGCUAAUUCCACAAAGCGGUUUGGACGCUACUAAUACAAGAGGUCAGAGAGCUGUACGACCACGGAGAUAUCAGUAUCUUCAAUUACCAAAUCCACGAAAUCCAAAUCCACCAGUAAUAUUACAAAGAUUGUUAGGCCCGGCUGCACAAGCGAUUCCAUUAUCUGCCAGUCAAGUCCUGGCUUCCAGUUUUCGGGAUACUCGUGUUGUUGUAAUGGAUGGUGUUGGAAUAUUGACAAACCAAGAAGAAGAACAAAUAGACUUUGUGGAUCAAUCUGGCUAUCUUUUCGGGUCUAGUCUUGCAACCACUGUGAAUAAUACUCCUACUGCUUUACAUUGGUGGAUCGAAGAAAGCAAAUUAUUAGAUGGAGAUUCUCAGACGGAUUGUUGUGUCGGUGUUGUACAUAAAUUAAUUCCUGAACUGGAAAAACGCAGAAACGCGGAAUUGGGAGAGCGACGAGAAAGACGUAAAAUGCAAUAUGCUUCUGAGAAGAAGAAUGAAAAGGAUAACAAAGAUGGGAAGGAUCAUUUAAAUAAUACAGAAUCUGGCUCUUCUGCUAUAAUAUCCAUGGAUGAACAAGUAUCAACUGCAUCGACAUCACAAAGGGAAGAUACGAAUAAUUUUGCUCCUAGAUUUGAAACUUGUGCAGAAACGACACGAUUAGAACGUACUCUCGAUGAAGAUAUAAUCGAUGUGACUGGCGAAAUGGAUGCAACAGUACAAGAAGAUGAAGAACGACCUCCGCCUCCACCACCGGAAGAACAACCGGCAGAACCCAGAGAUCCUCGAAUGAGUAAUAGAAAUCCAACAUUAGAACUUGCCGAAAGUAUAGUGGAUUCCGUGCUUGGACCUUGCGCAUCUGAAGCAAGCAGACUAAGACAAUCUGAACGUACUGUCGAAGGAUCUAAUACUAAUGAAACAUCUACUAGUCGACCCAACACGUCCAUAGUUGUCGAUUUCAGUCAGGAACCUAACGAAGACUUACUGAGAGAAAGUGACUCGUCUGAAUGGAUCAGAAUCCUUACCGACGACAGUCAAUCGAAUGUCGAACGAAAUGCGAACAUACUCAAUCAAGGACCUACCACUUCCGCAUCAGAGAAUGUUAAUUCAGGAACACCAGAACAACAGCAACAGCAACUACCUCCACAACAACAACAACAGCAGCAGCAACAGCAAGAACCACAACAGUCUCAAGAACAAUCGCAGCAGCGACAACAACCAAACCAACAGUCUCAAGAACAACAAUUACCCGAUGGCGUAGAUCCUUCUUUCUUAGCCGCGUUACCAGAAGAUAUGCGCGAUGAAGUUAUCGCUGAGCAACUUAGGCUUCAACGAAUUCGACAACGAGCACAAGCAACUGUAGUUGAAGAAUUAACAGGUCCGGUUGAAGUUAAUCCGGAAUUCUUAGCAGCUUUACCUCCAGCGAUCCAAGAAGAAGUUCUUGCACAACAACGUUUGGAACAACAACGACAUGCAGCUGCAAGCGCUAAUCCGGAAGAUCCAGUUGAUGCGGCUGCAUUCUUCCAAAAUUUGCAACCUUCCCUUCGACAAGCGAUUUUGACUGAUAUGGAAGAAUCGCAAAUAUCAGUUCUUCCGCCAGAUUUAGCCCAAGAGGCUCAGAAUCUUCGAAGAGAAUGGGAAGCUCGAAAUAGACACAUAAUGCAAGAUCGAUUCCUUAAUCACGUUAGCCAAGGAAAUGCUGCCUUGUCCAGUAUAUUACGAAAUUCUGGUAGAGGUAGAGGUGGUGGUACGCGUUAUGCGAUUCACACAGUAGCACAAAGAGGAUGGCAGCCAUGGUCACAUGGUGAUCCUAGUAUAACGCAUCACGGAGCCGGUCUACGACUCAGAGGCAGACAAUUGUUGGAUCAUGAGUCAAUGGCUUGCGUAUUGGUAUUACUGUUUGUUGAUGAACCAAAAAUUAAUACGUUAAGGCUUCAUAGAGUUAUCAGGAAUCUUUGCUAUCAUGGUAGCACAAGGGAAUGGGUAGUUAGAGCCUUACUAAGUAUCAUGGAAAGAAGUAACGAUGAAAAUAAAGAUAUAGCCAUGGAUUUUGGUGGAAAGUUCAGAAGGAAAAGCUUAGUGCCCAUGAUGCACCACGAUUACUGUGCCCCCAAAAUAUUUGACCAAAGAAGCAGUGCACAGUCAUGGUUGAAUAUUAGUAUUGAUGCUGCACUUGGAUGCAGAGCAAACGUUUUCCACAUUGUCAGGCAUGGUGGCAAAAAGUCAGAAAGGCAAGGCAGUAGUAUCGCUAUUCAUCCACAAGCAGCACCUACAGUAUGCAGACAUACGUUAGAAUUAUUAAUAUCGUUGGCUAAAGGUUUUCCUGGCUAUUUUGUGCCACUUAAAUCUAAAGAAUCAGAUGAGAAAGAAAGUAACAAAGAGAAAGACUCAAGUAAUAAAGAAGAAACCGGUUCGAAAGGUAAAUCUACUUCGAAACCUGGGAAAAGCGAUCAACCAGAUUUUUGGGAUAUGCUGCUGAAACUUGACUCAUGUGCCUCGAAGAAAGGAAAAUCUGUUGCAAGAUCUCAUUCAAACUCAAACCUAGGAAAUGAUUCCGAACAUAAUACAACUACCUUUGAAUCCUCCGCUUUUGGCCAAUUAAUUUCGAUGUUAAACUGGUCGGUCAUUAAACGUAGCAGCCAGCUGACGGACAAAGUGUUGAAAUUGCUGUCUCUAAUUUCGAUCGGAUUAACGGAAGUAAAUCCGUAUCGUAGACAGGAAGGAAACAAAAGCAAGAGACCAGAUGUGAACAAAGAACAAAGCGUCGCUGCGCCGGAAGAACACCUGAAAUUGGCUGUACAAGUAUUGACAAGCAAAAGUUGUUCCGAGGAAGGACUCGAAGAUGCAACAGCUUUAUUGCUUAAUUUGUCUCAUUGUCCUGAUCCUACUAGACAAUUGAUAUUGAAAUUACUCUUGGAAGGCGCUAUGGAAUUGGCUAAUGUUGUCUGUGAACACAUUAAAGAUUUACUGAUGGAGUUAAAAGUUUUAAAUCGUGAACUCAGACGAAAUUCUAUCGAAGAGCAACCUUCAACUAGUAGUGGUGGUUCUCGUUGGGUUCUCUUAGAUAGGUUUACCAACGAGAAUGUAGUUAUAACUGCUCCAAGUAAAGUUAAAGCUGGCAGUGAUCUUCAGUUACCAUCUAUGGCUGCUCUCGUUAGCAAAACUUCUAGUCAGGCAUUCUUCUUAAGAAUACUUAAAGUGAUUGUACAAAUAAGGGAAGCAGUACGUUUAGCAAACAAUAAGAAAACAUCCAAUCAAAGUUCCGAAAGUUCUGUAGAUACUGGAAAUACUAACCAAGCUUCAGAGUCAGGUGAAGACAAGCUUCCAUUAUUAAGUGAAAGCUUGGUACUAGAUCAUCUGUGGGAGACACUUAGCGCUUGCUUAUUAGAAUUGGAGUAUACUCCGGAUCAACAUGCAGUCUUAGUGCUGCAGCCCGCCGUAGAAGCAUUUUUCCUAGUACAUUCAUCAUCAAGUACUUCUCGCGAUCGUCAUCUAAAUACAAAUACAGAGACUCGCGAGGUUGUACCUGACUUAACACCUGUUUCGCCAAUCUACUCAGACAACGAAGGCACAUCUCAAUCAGAAGCUACUAUUAACACUUCCUGGGAUAUACAACCUCCGCCACAGAAGACGCUACCACCGGACCAACUCAAGUUCCUUAAAUUUGCGGAGACGCACAGAACUGUUCUAAAUCAAAUUCUCCGUCAAACGACGACGCAUUUAGCAGAUGGACCAUUCUCUGUGUUAGUGGAUCACACAAGGGUUCUUGAUUUCGACGUAAAAAGACGAUACUUCCGAACAGAAUUGGAACGAAUGGAUGAAGGUAUUCGUAGGGAAGAACUGGCAGUGCAUGUUCGCAGGAAUAAUGUAUUCGAAGAUUCGUUCCGUGAGCUUCAUAGGCGUAAUGCCGACGAAUGGAAGAACCGAUUUUACAUCGUCUUUGAAGGCGAAGAAGGACAAGACGCUGGAGGAUUGCUUAGAGAGUGGUACGUUAUUAUCUCUAGAGAAAUCUUCAAUCCUAUGUACGCUCUGUUCACCGUAAGUCCUGGAGAUAGAGUUACAUACAUGAUAAAUUCCUCCUCGCAUUGCAACCCUAAUCAUUUAUGUUAUUAUAAAUUUGUCGGUCGAGUUAUCGCUAAAGCAAUUUAUGACAACAAAUUAUUAGAAUGUUACUUCACGCGCAGUUUUUACAAACACAUUUUGGGAAUACUUGUGAAACACACAGAUAUGGAAAGUGAGGAUUAUAGUUUUUACAAAGGACUCGUAUAUCUCACAGAGCACAACAUUGCUGAUCUUGGAUACGAAUUAACCUUCUCUACAGAGGUAAACGAAUUCGGUGUGAAUGAUGUACGUGAUUUAAUACCAAACGGUCGUAAUAUCGUAGUUACUGAAGAAACAAAAUUAGAGUACAUUCGGCUAGUAUGUCAAAUGAAAAUGACCGGAGCAAUACGUAAACAAUUAAACGCGUUCCUAGAAGGUUUUUACGAUAUUAUACCAAAACGACUGAUCUCUAUAUUCAAUGAACAGGAACUUGAAUUGUUAAUUAGUGGAUUACCCAAUGUAGAUAUCGAGGAUCUUAAAGCUAAUACUGAAUAUCAUAAAUAUAAUGCAAAUUCCUUACAAAUUCAAUGGUUCUGGCGCGCAUUACGAGGUUUCGAUCAAGCAGAUAGAGCUAAAUUUUUGCAAUUCGUCACCGGAACUUCGAAGGUUCCGUUACAAGGUUUCGCUGCUUUAGAAGGAAUGAAUGGUAUACAAAAGUUCCAAAUUCAUCGAGAGGAUAGAUCCACAGAUAGGCUUCCGUCAGCACAUACAUGUUUCAAUCAGCUAGAUCUACCCGUUUACGAAACGUACGAUAAACUUCGCACGAAUUUAUUGAAAGCGAUCCACGAAUGCAGCGAAGGAUUCGGUUUCGCCUAAAUUUCUGCAAAGUUGAGCAAAUUUUGCGUGAUUUUGCACGAAAAUCUAAGAGCGAAGACAAAACAAAAAGAUAUAAGAUAUAUAGCAGAAAAAACAACCAAAUGAACAACAAAGGAGAAAAAUGAUUAAAAUAUUGAUAAAACAAUUGUAAAAGUAUCCAUUGAUCUUCGCUCAAGAUUUAGUAUAUAAAUUUUUACUCCGCUAUAUACAUAUUAAAACUGAUGGCGUAUGUAUAUACGUAAAAUUAACGAUGUAAUUACUGAUGAUUCGUCGCUAGAGUUUAUUUUGUUGAAUGAUCUUAAAAAAAAAAAAAAAAAAAAAAAAAUGAGGGAGAUGCAGAGCUUAAUGAUAAUUCCUGAUGGAAAGGAAGACUUAAAAAAUCGGACACUUUAGUUAAGGAUCUUAACAGUUAAGAGAUAACGAAUAAGAAUUCAAUGUAAUUCGUCGUUAGAAAAAAAAAAAAAAAAAUGAAAAAGAGGAUGCAGCAGGAUGGAAUAAAUAUGUAAUAUAAUUGCGACUCAAAGCCACUCUACUCUUAAAGCAGAAUUCAAACAUGUGGGUAGAGAAGAGAAAAAGGCAGAAACGAUUUGUUGCCAUGACGAAGAAAGGCAAAUGGAAAAGUGAUGGAGAAGUGUGCCUGUAUUUCGAGUACGUGUUUAUUUCAUAUUAUGCGAAAG